GCUAUCAAAAUAUUUUCCAAUUCUGUAGUAUCGCUAAUGUGCUGCUUUCUUUUAAUCAUAAAAGAUUCCACGUUUUCUCUUAUAGAAGAUCACGUGGAAAGUGUAUUAUUCUGUAGAAAAGUCAUUUAAAACCGCCAAAAUUGCUUCCAAAAUGCAAGGCGUCAGCGCUCCGCGGGAGCCUGCGCCAGUGCUAAGUACUAGUUCUACAAUCCUGAACAUGAGGGAAAAGGAGAAAUACAUCGAAGACUUCGACUUUCCAUUUUGUGACGAGUCUUCCAAAUAUGAAAAAGUUGCUAAAAUCGGUCAGGGAACCUUUGGGGAAGUGUUCAAAGCGCGUGCUAGGAAUAGCAACAAAAAGUUCGUAGCGAUGAAAAAAGUCUUAAUGGACAAUGAAAAAGAAGGUUUUCCUAUAACCGCAUUAAGAGAAAUAAAGAUAUUGCAGCUCUUAAAACACGAAAACGUUGUGAAUUUGAUAGAAAUAUGCAGAACAAAGGCGACCCUACACAAUAAAUAUAGAUCAACAUUCUAUUUAGUUUUUGAUUUCUGUGAACACGAUCUCGCUGGCUUACUAUCGAAUGUAAAUGUCAAGUUUAGCUUGGGAGAAAUAAAGAAAGUGAUGCAACAAUUACUUAAUGGAUUAUACUACAUCCAUAGUAAUAAAAUUCUGCACAGGGAUAUGAAAGCCGCUAAUGUUUUAAUAACUAAGAAUGGUAUUUUAAAACUUGCUGAUUUUGGAUUGGCGAGAGCUUUCAGCGUUGCAAAGUCGGGGCAAGCAAAUAAAUACACAAAUAGAGUCGUCACGCUUUGGUAUAGGCCUCCUGAAUUGUUAUUAGGUGACCGUAAUUAUGGCCCUCCUGUGGACAUGUGGGGUGCUGGCUGCAUCAUGGCGGAGAUGUGGACACGUUCACCUAUUAUGCAGGGUCCCACAGAACAGCAGCAGUUGAUUUUAAUAUCGCAGCUGUGUGGUUCUUGCACGCCUGACGUCUGGCCGGGCGUUGAAAGUUUAGAUCUGUACAACAAAAUGGAGUUACCCAAGGGUCAAAAGAGAAAAGUUAAGGAAAGGCUAAAGCCAUAUGUUAAGGAUCCUUACGGCUGUGACUUGCUUGAUAAAUUGCUGCAGUUGGAUCCGGCGAAACGAUAUGACGCAGACACAGCGCUGAACCACGAUUUCUUCUGGACGGAUCCCAUGCCGUGUGAUCUCGCCAACAUGUUAGCCCAGCACACUCAGAGCAUGUUCGAGUACCUCGCCCCCCCACGACGACCUGGACACCUGAGGCAUCACCAUCAUCCACCAGGCGCUCAGCCGAAGCCAGCGCAAGCGCCACAGGACUCGGGAUACCAAGACAGAGUGUUCUAAAUAUAUCCAGUUAUUGUAUAAAUAAAAGUUACUAUAUUACACACAGAAUAAUUAUAAUUAAAAAAAAGUUGCUAUGUAAAGAUUUAAAUCAGUGUAAAAUAUUAAAAAAAAAGAAAGUAACCUGCAAGUAAAGCCAAUAAUAAUGCUAGGAAGAGUAAAGACAAAUAAAUAACUUAGACCUUGAAUAUAUAUAUAUAUAUAUAUUAUAUGACGUCACUGGUCGUCUAAAUAAUCUGUGGUAUUUUCUUGAUUCCUGAAAAAAUGGCGUUUUGAAUGUCAGCGAAGUUGUUAACGGAACUUUGGAAUCAAAAUUAAAGUAGUUAAAAGUGUUGUAUUAUUAAUAAAUACGUUGUUGAAAGUUGGAAGUGUGUACACUCCCGUGCCUCGGAAAGCACGUAAAGCCGUUGGUCCUGCGCCUGAACUCUUUCCGGUCGUGUCGAAUUCCGUCCCAUCGGAUUAUGAGAGUUAGGGAAUUGAGUGCACCUGUGUUUGCGCACACACUUGUGCACUAUAAUAUCUCCUGCGCAGUAGGCAAAUCUCUCUUGAGGUUGGCCGCCGUGGUCGAAAUCGGUCUGGAGGAUAUUAUUAUUAUUAAAUAUAUGUUAAUCAAGAACUGUUUGUAGUUGAUAUAGUAAAGCUAUUAAGCUUAUGGAAUUUGAAAAUCUUAACAUUAUUUUAAAAUAGUACAAUCAAACCGAUUAUAAGAGUGGCCGAAUACAAUGUUUGCACACACAUGCACUAUAAUAUAACCGAGCGGAUUAUAGCAGAGUUACUAGCAAAUCAAAUGGAAUAUGUAAAGUAAUUGACGAGCCGGUUGGUGUGGUGGAUGCUUUCCUUUCACACCGAAGGUUGUUGGUUCCAUUUCCAUCCAGGACAGAUAUUUGUGUGCAUGAACAUGUCUGUUUGUCCUGAGUCUCGGUGUAAUUAUCUAUAUAAGUAUGUAUUUACAAAAGAAAAGUAGUAUAUGUAGUAUAUCAGCUGUCUGGUUUCCGUAGUACGAGCUCUGUACAAGCUUAAUUUGGCAUCAGAUGGCCGUGUGUGAAACAUGUCCCAGGAUAUUAUUAUUAUCUUUUCUCCUGCUGUUGUAAUAGUAUCAUUUUAUCUGUAGCUACAAACCAUUGCAUUAUUCCAUUAUAGAAUGUUACUCUCCGGCUAAUUAACUAUCUCUGCAAAGAUUUUUAUCCACUACUUGAUGCAUUUAUAUUCGCAGGAUAAUAUUAAAUUUUGCAUUUUUUUGUUAAAAUCUAUAGCAAUGAGCAAAAUAAGCAAAUGACUCCACUCCACCUGAUGGUAAGUGGUAGUGGAGUCCUAACGCGACAACGGCCAGUACAGUCGGGUAGAAUGUUCUGCACUAGCCGCCCUCGUUUGAAAAAGGGGAACACGUGUGCUGGUAAAGAAUUCCAUUUUUUCGAUUUCGAAGGCACGCGUAGACUCGUGAAGCAACAUAAAACCUGUUCAAUUCAAAAGAAAUGUAUAAUUUAGUGUUUUUAAACAGUACAUUGUACCCGCAUUGGAGCAGCGUGGUGGAAUAAGCUCCAAACCUUCUCCUCAAAAAGAGGAGAGGAGGCCUUUAGCCCAGCAGUGGGACAUUCACAGGCUGUUACGGAUUACGGAAACAGUACAUGUGUUUUCUUAUCAGUACAUAAUGCACGUACCGUUGACAAAAUCACAUUUUUAUUUAUAAUGACAAAGUGCAGUGCGACACACAAGAUUUCCAUCUUGCAAACGAUUGUCUAUUGUUUAACAAAUUCCGAAUUUGAAAUUGAUUAUGUAUUUCAAUUAACUGCCAAUAUUUUGACUACGAUAAAGACUGUAUUACAUAUGGUUAGUAAAUAAAUGUAACAGUUUUAUAUGUGAUUAUCAUUAUCUGUAAAUAAAAAUAUUAUAAUUUAA